UGACGUAGCCCUUUCCUUCCUCGUCUCCGCUGCUAGUAAAGUUAGCAGUAGCACCUUUUAGCCUCCAGCAGCUGUCGGUGGCAGUCAGUCAGCCAGCCUGUCAGUUCGAGUGGCGGUGUGUGUUUGUGCGAGUAUAAAUCCCCCCUCUUUAUUUACCCUCCCGUAGAAAAACCGAGGGCGGCCGGGUUGUUUCUUCGGGAGCCAGCUUGCUUCACCUCUGCGGGCCACCUGCGAUAAAAAAUAUUGUUGUCCUCUCCGUCACGACAGGAAGAAGCCCUGGGACAUGGCCAGACCAGAACAAGUCCUGUUGCUGGAGCCACAACACGAACUGAAAUUCAGAGGCCCAUUUACAGAUGUUGUCACCGCCACCCUGAAGCUGACCAACCCCACAGAUAGAAAUGUGUGUUUCAAAGUCAAGACGACCGCACCUCGCAGAUACUGUGUGCGCCCAAACAGUGGCAUCAUUGACGCUGGAACCUCCAUAAAUGUUUCUGUUAUGCUACAGCCUUUUGACUAUGACCCCAAUGAAAAGAGUAAACACAAAUUCAUGGUGCAGUCCAUGCUGGCUCCAUAUGACAUGACUGACAUGGAAGGAGUUUGGAAGGAGGCAAAGCCUGAAGAGCUGAUGGAUUCAAAGUUGAGAUGUGCAUUUGAGAUGCCUCUAGAAAAUGACAAAACUCAUGAGAGUGAAAUCAUCAAAACUGUGUCUUCCUCUGCCUCUGUUAAGACUGAGCACUCUGUCCUGCCCAAGUCAGCCAGCGCUUCGCUGGAUGAUGGAGAAGUGAAGAAGAUCAUGGAGGAGUGCAAGCGACUGCAGAUGGAAGUGCAGAGGCUACGGGAAGAAAACAAACAGAUCAGGGAGGAUGACGGUCUGCGGAAGAGAAAGGUGACACCAGUGGCCACCGCUCACUCCUCCUCCACCAUGGCCACCACAGCCGUGAGGGACGAAGGCCUAAGCACCCGCGUGCUGGCGUUCUGCGUGCUCUUCUUUGUGAUUGGAGUCAUCAUUGGCAAGCUGGCCCUGUAGGGACACAGACGGACAGAGCACAGUGACAGACGGACGGAUAGACCGCGUGCUUGGGAGGACGCGUGUCAGCAACGGCGACGGGGAUGUCUUCUGGGUUUAUGUUGAUCUGUUUCUUUCUUUUUUUUAAACAUUUAAGGCAAUAUCAUGAUGGUUUGGUGUAAAAAGAAAACGAAAGAAGGCUAUCCCAAGUUAAACCAUGAGUGCGAGCAUUUUUGUCACAGGUCCUUUUUUCUUUUUCUUUUUUUUCUUUUUCUUUUUCUUUCUUUUUUUUUUUUUUAAUCUGUUCUUUCCGUCCAUCUCUCUUCCUUAAAUGAUCUUCCUUAACUUGCACAGGUAACAGUUAGUCGUGUGUUUAAGUGGCUUCACUCUGGCUGAAUGUCUAAAGUCUUUCAUUGAUUUGCAAGUUUUCAUAAGUUGCUCACACACAUUGUCUGUUUAAAAAAAAAAAAAAAAGAAAAAAAAAGCUCUAACCCUCUUCUGAUAAUCUCUUCCACUUAUUAAUCUGCAAGGAGAGGUGAACACAGUUGAUCAGUGAAAGACUGUUUUAUUUUUUUUUCUUUCCUUUCUCUCUAGACUCAAGCUUCAUGUAUUGUCCUCUAAAGAGUUUGGGGUUUUAAAAAGAAAAGAAAAAGCCAGGAGAGAGAGUGUGUGUGUGUGUGUGUGUGUGUGUGUGUGUGUGUGUGUGUGUGUGUGUGUGUGUGUGUGUGUGUGUGUUUAUUUUGCCUCCUGCAGGAGCAGUGAUGUGUCGGACUGUGUGACUGUUUUUAUGCGAGGAGACCACAGACGGUGAGGCUCACAGGCUGUGAAGAGGGCUGGUUUAAAAAUGAAUAAAUAAUCCAAACAGAUUUCUUGUAUUCAGCAAAAAUGGGGGUGUUUGUUGAAAAUCUAAUUGAAUAUUUGGAUGAUUUAGUGUAAUCCAGACCAAGGAAUCUGUAGAAAUUCAGUAAAAUCAUGACUCAGUAAAUUCACAAUUAUGACUUCAAAAAAAGUGUUCUGUAUUGUGAUUUAUAUUUUAUUUUUUGGCUUCUUUUUUUGUUGUUUGUUUGUUUCAGAAACAAAGCUGUAAUUUACAUCUUCAUGCUUGGUUUUUGUUUUAUUUUUUUUUAUUUUUUUUUGUUUGUUUGUUAAUUACUUCCUCAGGUUUGCACACAGUGACGCUGAACAGAAAAAAAUAAAUAAAAAGCCUAAUUUCUGACUACAAAGCUGUGGACAGGUCAUGCAAAACCGACUCUUACUUAUCCAUACACAUCAGAGUAUGUAAUACGAGUUCUGACCAGUCUAUUGAAUUUUGCCCAUGGUGCAUUGACUUUGCGCCCUCUGGUGUAUUACAGCAGUUGUUUGCCUUUUUUUUUUUUUUUUGUUUCUCUUCUUCCUCUCGUGUUGUCAUGUAGACACUUUGCUUCUGUUGUUUAAAAUAUUCAAAUGCACUAUUCUCACGUGUGCACUCUGUAGUCUGCAUGGAAUGACCUGAAUUUAUUAUGAUUAUUUUAUUUUUUGAGUGUUGAAAAAUCCAUGUUAGCAAAACCAACAAACAAAAAAAUACUGUCUUUUCCAAAAGGGACCAUCUUGAGUCUGGUUAUCAGUUUGUGUGUGUGUGUUUUUGUUUCCUUUGCCGUCACCUUUUCCGUUUGUGUCCUGUUGAGUUCUGGUGGUUGUGAGAUAACACAGCUGUAUUAUCUUGGCCAUCACAUGACCAUCUCGGCUGAUUCAUUUCUUCAAAAGUUAAAAAAAAAACAAUGAAUAUCUGCUUAUUUGCAUGGGGCUGGGCGGGGAGGGGGUCAGAUAUGUCUGGAUGUGGGCAGCUGUGAGAGGACUGACCUGUGAAUACACACUACAUUAAAGGAUUUAAAAACGACAAAGGCAUCAGCGCUUCAGACCACACCUGCAGAUACAGUCACAACAAUGUAAUCACACAGUAAUUGGAUACUCUUUUUGUAUGUAAAUAAAAAUUAAAGACUCAAAAGAUAACUGGCAAAGUUAUUAACAUACUGUACUAAAGGAAGAAAAUAAACAGCCACCAUGGAUGAUGUAGCAUCAUAAUGAAUUAAAAUACAUAAA